GGUCACUUCAACACAAACAAAAUGGCGGCGCCAGGCGGAGAGAAGGAGGAUGUUCGCGGGAAAACGAGCCCUGAACCCGGGAAACUGGAGUUCUCCCUGGACGUCCCUUUCCCGACCGCUCGAGAAGCCGAGGUCGCUCUGGGCUCUCUGUCCCCAGACCGAGAGCCGAGGAAGGGUGGGAUCAGUAAACGCCUCUCUGUGUCCGGCAGCACGUUGUCUGUGAGGUGGAGCGCAGACGAAGCUCGAGUCCUCCGAGUGUCCGUCAACUCGUUUCUGGAUCAUCUGUCACUCGUUGUCGAGACCAUGCAGAUGUUUGGCCCCCCCGUUUCCCAGUGAAGCUUCUCUAUGGAUUCACGACUACGAGUCUUCGAUGUUGGACUUUUUCCACAGGACACGGGUCCGCCACCUGGAACAGGUUCAAACUGGAGUUUUAUAAAAGACGUUUGAGUAACUGGCAGCUUCAGAUCUGCGUUCUGGUUUGUUUUAAACUGGAAGAUCUGAAUGUUUCCUUGGAACUGGACCUCGGAGGCCGGUGGUGUGACUGGGAUCGAGUGUCUUUUGUGAAGAUCAGCUCCAGACAUGUUUUAAACAUGGAGAUUACUUUUGUGUCAUUUUUGUUUCUCCAAGAACAUUUGAUAAAAAAUGUUAAAACUGCAUCACAUGCUCCUGUCAUUUAAAAAUCCAGAGUGUAAAUAUCUGUGAUUGAUUAUUUCAAAAGUUGCUCAAAAGAUUUCUGACUUUUUGUUAAAGUUGAUUAAAACAAAUGAUUCCUAUGAUGUUCAGAUGAAUAUUGACCAUAACUUCAGGACUAAUUUAUUCUGUAUUAAAUCACAGCUUAAAUACUUUAGAA